UUUAAAAAUUUAUUAAAUAGGCUCUGAAACAACUAUUUUGGAAGAGUAUCCAUAGCUAUUCUGAAAUUGGUUCGUUUUGUUCAAGACAUAGCAUACAGUGAAUGAUGGUCUCACCAAAAAUACCAGACAGCUGCUCUGCUAUCAGCGCCGUUAACUAACAUGACACUGUGUCCAAUGUUAACGCGUCAGCUUUUUAAACAAACUUAUUCCCACUGAUGAAAUAUUAAUUGGCCAAUCCACCGACUAAGAAUUAAUGCUAAAUCGAUAGAGUAAGGAAGAUGGACAGCCUCUAUCACCAGACCAACAAUGCAGUAAAGGAUAUCGAGCGGGACUUCCAGCAGCUGAGUCGACUAAGUCCCCAAGAAUCCCUUGACGUGGAAAAUGGAAUUCAACUAAAGAUUACCCAGGCAAAUUCUAACUGCGAUCGAUUGGAUGUGCUAUUGUUUAAAGUGCCGCCUUCACAGCGACAAAGUUCCAAACUUCGGGUGGAUCAACUGAAAUAUGACCUGAGGCACCUACAGACAUCCCUGCAAACGGCAAGGGAACGCAGGCAGCGGAAAAUGCAGGAGAUAUCGGAGAGAGAACAGCUCCUAAAUCACAGAUUUACCGCGAAUAGUUCCCAACCAGAAGAAACCUGCCUGCAAUUGGAUUACGAACUACAACAUCAUACCCAGCUGGGUAACGCCCAUCGAGGUGUGGACGAUAUGAUAGCCUCUGGCAGCGGAAUCCUCGAGAGCCUUAUCUCCCAACGAAUGACACUGGGCGGAGCUCAUAAGAGAAUUCAGGCCAUAGGCAGUACUUUGGGUCUAUCCAAUCACACCAUGAAACUUAUAGAGCGACGGCUGGUCGAAGAUCGUCGGAUUUUUGUUGGCGGAGGGAUAGUUACCUUGGUUAUCAUCGCCCUAAUCAUCUACUUCCUAGUGCUCUAAUAUAAAUACGGUUUGUUUUAGCGAGUGUAAAUUAAUAGUGGAGUAUAAUUUUUA